CGACCGACGAUAUUGUUGUAAAAAUGUUACAAAGUUGAGUGACACAUUGCAGUUGAGUUUAGCCAGUGUAGGUUGGGUGAGGGGUUAGGGGCUGCGUUGGGAGUGUGUGCUGUCGCUGUGCAGUAGAGGUGUGCACUGCAUCCCCUACUGUGCCACCAGUCGGUACAUCACCUGUGUUCUCCGGUCGGCCCCUGUGGCGGUUCGACCCCCAGUGGGCGCUCAGGGUCCGCCCCACACCGCGGACGCGGACCCUCGUCCUCAGUGCUACUGAAGAGACCCACCGGGACGGAAGCUCAUCUAACUCACACUCACCAAACUCAGACUGUGUGUAGUCUGAGAGGACACCCAUCUCGCCAUGCUCCCUGUGGUGGUGUCAGUGGUACUAGUGAGCGUCGCACUGCUGCUACUAUGGCCCCGUCGGCCCUCCGGUGGGCCCCCAGGGCCUACUCCAGUCCCCAUAAUCGGAACUCUGGCCUUUGUCGGAGCCAAAACCCGCGACGAUCUAUUCGACGUCCUGUGCUCACUGCCAGCGCGAUUUGGAAGCAUGGUGGGCUUCUACGCCGGCGGGACAUACAACGUCUACAUGACAGGACUGGAGACUACGAGAGCGGCAAUGUCCCAGCACGCAGCGAACGGGCGGUUUGCUGGCUCGGCUCAGCUGGAGUUAUCCUACGGCAAGAGACGGGGUGUGAUCGUGGCUGAAGGUGAGCGAUGGGCUCGACACUCACCCCUAAUGCGAGCCGCACUGGGAGAAAUGUUACGCUCUGGUGAAAUGGAGCUCCUGAUCCGUACAGAAGUCAACGAGCUUGUCACUGAGCUCGCCGAUGCACGCGAGCCCGUGCCAGUGAAGAGUCUGUUCAGAUGGCGCUACUUUAACCUCUCGUGGACUAUCGUUACUGGUCAGAGACUACCAGCGGCCGAGGCACAGCGGCUCGCUCAUCUGUUCACUCUCGAGAUGAGCGCACUUCAGAACACCUGGGUGAACAACUCGGUCCUGCGCACAAUUUUCCCGGAAAGGAGCGGGUUCGCUGACGUGUUGCGCUACAGAGACGCCGUACGCGCGGCGUUUGCUGCGGCCGUGCGAGGCGGAGGUGGAACAUUUGUCGCCAAAGUACGUGCUGCUCAACCGGACCCGGCCGCCUGGCGACCGGAGGUGGACGAGGACCUCGUUAUGUUUUUCUUUGACUUCAUGAACGGUGGCUGCGAGACAACCAGUUCGUUCUUUGAGUGGUCUAUGGCGUACCUGCUGAGGGAGCCAGAACUGCAGCGGAGGCUGCGUAAGGAGGUUGCCGCGCUCCCCUCCCAGCCCACACUGGCUCACCGGGCUAACGCACCGCUGCUGCGAGCCUUUGAGACUGAAGUGUUUCGUCGCUCCUCCCUAACACCAGCCGGAGUGCCGCACCGAUCACUGCAAAACUUCAAGGUGGGCGGAUACAACGUCCCAGCCGGAACCACCCUACGCUACGACAUUAUGGGAGCUCACUGGGAUCCAGCCCGGUGGUCCGACCCUCUCCGCUUCCGACCAGAGCGCUUCCUACGUAACGGAAAGUUCGUGGGCAGCGAGGAUGUCGUCCCGUACGGGAUCGGUCUGCGCCGCUGUACCGGCGAAAAGUACGCCGAGGCGUACCACUUCAUGCUGCUCGCCAGUCUUCUGCGAGAGGUGGCUGUGGAGCCGGCCCCCGGUGCGGCACUGCCCACAGAAGCAGCCUCCAUCGGUCUGGUGCGGCUCUGCCUGCCGUUUGACGUGGUCUGCCGCCGUGCUCAGCCGCCCCAAUGAACGGGCUGAGAGGCAGACUGACGACAGAGAAGACAGGGUACACGGUGCUGGGCAUAUAAUCACUGGGGUUUGGUGACAAUUCGUUUAUAGUGGAGGUCGGGGUCUGCUAGACACCCUGUUCCUGGGGCUAGUCUAUAUUUUCAACCAGUGUUAUCCUGGACUUUUUUGCAUUCUUAUGUCUUACAUAAUACAUGAUAUUAUGAAA